GGGGCUUGGGGCCAUCCCACUCCAGGGCUGGCAGGAUGAGGCACUUCCUUCUGGAGCUUUGCAGAGCCCUUCACCUGAAGACCAUCCCUCCAGCCCAGCCCCUGGUUCCUGCUCACAGCCUCCCUCUCCCCCGCAGCCUCCUCACUCUGCUGUGGCACCACACCCUGUCCGUGCUCUCAGCAGCACGGGGGCCGCAGGUGCCCUCGGUCCAGCACUGCCAGAGGCUGUUCUGUGCCCUGAAGAGCCUGGAGCUGUGCUUCCACGCCGAGGGCUGCGGGCUGCCGCUGAAGAUCCUCCACAGUGCAGCCUUCAGGACACUGGAGACUCACCUGGCUCUCUGCUCCGCCACCAGCCACAAACUCAUCCAGAAAUACUUCAGCAACAGGAUCCAGCAGCAGCUGGACACGAGCUCAGAGAAGUACGGGGCCGUGACCAUCAAAGCUCUGUACCGGCCUUCGGAGCAGAAACUCCACGUGGAAGUGCUCAACGCCACUAACCUCAUCCCGCUGGACUCCAACGGCUCCAGCGACCCCUUCGUGCAGCUCACCCUGGAGCCCCGGCACGAGUUCCCCGAGGUGGUGGCUCGGACCACCCAGUGCAAGAGGAACGAGCUGCACCCCCUCUUCGACGAAGCCUUCGACUUCUUGAUCCCCGCCGAGAAGUGCCUGGCAGGAAGGGGGCCUGUCUGCUGCUCACCGUGUUUGACUACGACGUGCUGGGGUCCAACGACCUGGAGGGCGAAGCCUUCUUCCCCCUGUGCCGUCUGCCCGGCCCUCGACACCGAGGAGGACGAGACUGACAUGGGACGGUUGCCCCAGACCCGGCUCCCCCUCACCCCACCCCAAGCCCACGGAUGAGAUCCUGCAGCUGCUGGAGUCCAGGAAAAGGGACAAAGAAGCUCAGGCCUUCGUUAAGCUCCGCAAGCAACGAGCCAAGCAGUCCAAGGAGACAGAGUGAGGGACGGGCAGGAAGAUGGCCCUGAAAGGGGAACUUUGGUGGUGUUGGAGCCAGAACCAUCUGCAGGGAGUGUGGGGACAAAGGGGUCCCUGUGCCUGCCCCACCACAGCUCCCAGCACCCAGCUCACCUUCGGGCAGCAACGCUCCCAUGGGCCAGGGAGGGUGGGCAGGUGGAUUGGAGGGGAUUUCUUUGCCUGCCUGGACUGGUAACACUACACGAGGGAUGUGGAAGCGUGGCUGUCCCUGUCUGUCCCUCUGGAGUUUGUCACUGCCAGCGCUGCAUCUCCUGGCCAUGUCCCCAACCCUCCUGUCAGCAACAUGACUGAUCCAGGCUGGGGACGGCCGUGACCAAACCUGCCUUCAUUUUUGGUUUUUCUUUAAAUUUUUAAAUUUCUUUUCCCCCUCAUUUUCUUGUGAAUAAGCCUCUUAUUUUAAAUGAAAAGCCACAAAGCUGGUGCGUGGGCUGUGUGCUUUGGGGCAGUGGCCCUGUGCUGGGAGCAGCAGCACAGUGGGGUGGGACAAGGCAUUUGAGGUCUGGUGGGAGCUGCUGAAUCUCUCCUUUUUUAAAAUGUGUAUAGCUCUUGUGUCUCUUUGGGGUUUUUUGGGUUUUUUUUUAUUUUACCACCAAUUUCACUGACCUCUCCUGGAAGCCUGGGAUCUUGCUGGAGCCUGGGCAGCAAUAAUGAGAAUCACAGCCCUGGCAGCCAAACCAGAAGGCACUGUGGGCAGCUGACAGCCCAGGCAUGGGGUGCAGGUCCCUGGCAUCACUCCCAGCCUGUGCCAGGGACCUGGGUCCCUCUGGAAGUGGUGGGAAGCUCUGCAGGCUGCAUCCAUGUGGGGUGACCCAGUACGACAGUAAAAAUGCCUGACAAGGCAGGUGGUUUUAACAAUUUGUUGGGUUUUUCUGAGCCUGUUUUCUCCGCAAUUAGUACUAAUUAUACACCUGGAGCUCCCUCUACCCCACCCUGCAUGGGGGUGGCCGUGUUUGAGCAACAGCAGGUCCCUGGGAGCUGCCAGGGACCAGGGAAUUAAGAGCAUCCCCCUCCCGGGUGCCUGAGCACCAGCUGCUCCCUCGGUGGGCAGAGCAGCCGCUGGGUCAGCUCAGGUCAAAUCCUGGAUGCGGGGGUGGGAAAAGGAAAAAGCUCCUUUGGUAUCUGUGUGACAGAGCCCGCAGCAGGAGGGAUUAAGGCGCUGCAGGCUCUCAAGGAAGCCAUUUGCUGGCUUAGGUUUUAGUGCAGAGAAAUAAUAUUCCAGAGCUGGGUCUGGGAUUGUGGGGAUGCUGUCUCGGGGUGUCAUUCAGCUGGGUCCAGCACCCUGUAGCUCAUCUGGGGCUGGCACCUGCUGGCAGCCACCUCACGCUUUAUUAUGAGGUUUACUCCAUGUGGCUGGAGGUUUGAAUAUGGUCUCAGAUCAUUUUUAGCUAUUUUUAAAAAAAUCACUGCGUCCCACUUUGCCCUAGGCUGCCACCAGCCAGGCGUGUCCCAGGGAGCAGGUGGCACAGGCUGACCUCUCUUCUGAGGUUGUUUGCACAACAACCUAUUCAACUAUUAUUCAAGGUGUUUUAGCUGGAUUUUUGCUCAGCUGCAGGCAGUGGUGUGGGUCUUCUCCCACCCUAAAAGAAAUCCCACCUUUUACAGAGAAAGACUAAUAAACCUUAAUCAGUCAGAGCACAACUAACCCCAUGGAGCAGGAGAACAGCCCAAACAUUACAAAAUAAGGCUUGCAGCACACAAAACCAGCUCCUAGCAAAUGCAAGCAUGACGAAGAGGAAGAAGUCUCCAUCAUCAUCCUCCUAAUCCUGGUGAAGAACCCGACACAGGCGGAUGGCCAGAACACAAGAGGGAAGGGGCUGGCACUUAGGUCUACUGAUUUUAUUGUGUUACCAAUAAUCUGCAGUAAAAAUGGGCCCAUUCAGUUUAUUGUUGGAA